UGUAAUAGGCCUCACUUGGAGCGGGGUUUUCUGACAAAACUCCAUCCCACACAGUUACCAUGGCUUGCAUUUCCUCCAAUCAAGCAAUGACUACAGCUAUUGGCUUAAUUGCUUCUGGUCAGUGUGAAACGGUGAUAGCCGGUGGGGUGGAGUUCAUGUCAGACGUUCCCAUUCGUCACAGCAGGAAAAUGAGAAAGACUUUGCUUUCACUUAAUAGAGCUAAGACAAUAGGACAAAGAUUGUCUCUCCUUGGAAAAAUCCGCCCAGACUUCUUUGCACCAGAGCUUCCAGCUGUAGCUGAGUUCUCCACGAGCGAAUCUAUGGGUCACUCUGCAGACAGACUUGCGGCAGCAUUUGGUAUAUCACGUGCAGAACAGGAUGAGUUUGCUUUACGUUCCCAUACUUUGGCCAAGAAAGCAGAAAAUGAGAAGCUACUUAAGGAUGUUAUCCCAUUCAAAGUGCCAGGUCGUCACACGGUCACUAAAGACAAUGGAAUUAGACCAUCAUCAAUUGAACAGAUGGCUACAUUGAAGCCAGCAUUUAUCAAACCACAUGGAACUAUUACUGCUGCCAAUGCUUCAUUUCUGACAGAUGGUGCAUCAGCAGUGUUGAUAAUGUCUGAAGAAAAGGCACUAGCUAUGGGCUACAAACCACUUGCAUAUCUGAGGAAUUUUGUAUAUGUUUCUCAGGAUCCUAAAGACCAGUUGCUUCUAGGGCCAGCAUAUGCCACUCCUAGAGUGUUGGAAAAAGCUGGAUUAACUCUUGAAGAUAUUGAUGUCUUUGAGUUCCAUGAAGCUUUCGCAGCACAGAUCCUCUCGAAUAUGAAAGCUAUGGAUUCUGACUGGUUUGCAAAAACCUAUAUGGGUAGAAAAUCAAGGGUUGGUGUUCCUGAAAUGGAUAAGUUUAACUGCUGGGGUGGUUCGUUAUCUCUGGGACAUCCUUUUGGUGCUACUGGUUGCCGCCUUGUGACAACAGCUGCUCACAGACUGAUCAAGGCAGGUGGACAGUAUGCACUCGUUGCAGCUUGUGCUGCCGGAGGACAGGGUCAUGGAAUGAUUGUAGAAACCUAUCCUCAAAAAUGAAAAGUGUUUCGGAUUUCUGAAUUAAAUCAAUGCCAUUCCAAUGCAGUGGAGCAUUAAAUGAAGAUGACCCAAAAUAUUCUGCCAGACUGAGCAGAAAACUUUUUAAGAUACCACCUAUGUUUGUCAAUUAAAAUUUAAACAUUGCAUCUGUCAAUAAAAUGAGUUCUGGAGGUCUUUUA